UAUCCGUUGCAUCAACGUAGAACGCGUGUUUAAAACGCAAUUGUUUAGAAUCCUCGCGUUGUUGAAAAAUCUAACGAGGCUAAUUAUUCCGAUUCGAGACGAAACGCGAUCCUACUUAGCCCGCGACUUCCUCGUCAUUGGUAAUAAUUAUCAGUCGUGGUACUUCAAGAAUCGCGUCGGAACGAGAGCACAAUUGAAUUCACUGGAAAUACGACUCAAUGAUUUAAUGAUAACGACAUACUUUUCGCUAGAACGAAGAAAAAAGUUUGCAAUAAACAAUUGGCAUUUUAUUGGUACUGACAAAAUUCGGCUAUUUCUUAUUUCGGUUGCAAUAUAUUUAGGAAGCCGUCAAAAAUUGUAAACUUUUUCGUGUGACACAAAGUCCCAUACGGUUGCCACUUUUUAGUAAUCGGUGAUCGAAGGAAAGCUGUUCGUGCGACGUAUAAAAAAAGUUAGAUAGCGAGCCGCGGGGUUAUCCGUGAGAUGAAAUUCGUCGAAGAAGAGAUCAAGUUGAGGAGUUUCUAACGAUGCCGUGAAAUUGUUCGAGGAAGAUGAGAAAGCACCGUGGCGCAGAGAAGGAUCGGAACGAGGGAUUUGGCCAGCGAAGAGGAGUGUAGAAGCAGAAACUGGUUUCCGGAUUCGGAUUACGCGGCCCAAAACGCUCUCACGUGUACGGACACAUAUUGAAGCGCAUCUCGGACACUUAGUAUGAAAAUCUUCCUCUUCGACGCUCGAUCAAUGUUCCUAAACCGUUCUCCUGUUCAUUCGAGACGAAGUAGCGUGUACAAAAUAUCCAUAUGUAUAAGUUGUACGCGUAUCGACCUCCCACACGAUCGUCGCUACGGCAAACGGGGUUCUUCCGUCCUUGAACCCUCUCCGCCCCUCCGAACACCCUUCCUGCUCUUUAUUCUCCGUUCUUUUCGUCUUCCCUCCGCCUGACUCGCCCGCGGAGACCCGGAGAAGCAGGUAGCGAGCCACUCGUAAACGCAUAAUCGUCUCGUUCCCCUCGUCCCCCCAGCGCGUCUCAAGACGAGAGAGCGAAAGGGAUAUUUGUGUGGAGAAGGAAAGGUAGAAAACUUGAUCGGGAGGGUGAUCGACCUUGGACGAUUUGGCCCUCGGUCAGGGGGCUGGACGUCCUUUGUCAAGGAUGUCAAUUUUCAGACGGGAUCGAAUGCACCCAUACCAGCGACGUAGGUACUCGAGGGAUCCCUCGCUGGUCACCCUAAGCCAUAUUUUCAUUAGCGUUCGAUUAACACCAAUCUUCCACUUACCGAUCCUAACGUUUCAAAUGUAUUCGUAGCGAGGCGAUGGGGAUUUGUUAUUCAUAGAAACGUAGUCGAUACAGGAUCAACGGACGUUCGACACUUUAUCGGCUUGAGUAAAUCCGGUUCAAGCGAUUUCAGAUUUCCAGAGGAUUUCAGGUAGCCCGAAGGAAACGACGUUUUAAACGAACCGGGGAUCGUAGAUCUCGGCCCUCUGCAGGGAUCUCUGGAAAGCUGCCGAGCGAGUCUUUCCAUCGAUCAGCGAUAGUGGGGAUAGACGUACGGGCGUACGACGCUACGGCUUUUACAGUGGUUCAGUCAGUGAUCUCGCUGCAGCCCGGCUGAGAAACGUGUAGUUUUUAAGCCCCUCUCUCACCCUCGUGUUUACUCUCGAGUUUCACUUAUACACGAUAAAUUCUCGUUGCUUGUUCCCCGAAAACUUUCUAUCGACCACUACGAUUCCGGUUGGACGAUAAGAGCCGCUCGAGCACCGAUAACUUUUGAUCUCUUCAAUUAGUAUUCGAACUUUUUAAAUGCGCGAUCGUGAGAUUUUGUUUCCGAACGCUCGGACCUGUUCUCGAGUUCUAUAAGAGCGUAAGAGGAGCGAUACCAUGCGGAGAAGAGGAGAGAAGAAAGCGUCGCUGAAAUCCAUGGAUACGUGAUCGAUCGGCUUCCCACGAAACCCGUAAGAAAAGGAGGACGAAUCCCGAUCGGGAUGGACCGGUGGCCGGUGCGUCUCGCCGUCUUGGGGAUCUUGGUCGCCAUCGUACGCACGGCCGACGACUUCCGACGCAUCUCCUACGAAGAUCUGGCGGAUGGCAAUCUCUUUCAACAGGAAGGAGUGACAUCGUAUUCACAAUUGCUGUUCGACGUCGCCAGACAGCAGGUCGUCGUCGGUGCACGGGACAAUUUGUACCGAUUGACUCUGACUUUGUUGACGCCGCUGGAACACGCUUCCUGGCCCGCGCCCGAUGACAAGAGCAACAUCUGCCAAAACAAGGGGCAGACCGCGGAGGACUGUCGGAACUACGUCAAAGUACUCCUCAGCAAUGGGAAGAGUCUACUCACUUGCGGCACGUACGCGUUCAGCCCGUGGUGCACGUGGCGAGAAAUCGAGAACAUCAGCAGCAUCACUAGCGACAUGUCGGGAGCCGCGAUGUGCCCUUAUUCGCCGCGCGCCAACGUGACCGCGUUGCUGACCAGAGGUCCGACCAGAGGUCUGUUCACCGGUGCGCCUACCGACUUCUCCGGCGCCGAUCCGGCGAUCUGCAGAACUCUCGCCUCGCCUAACCCGAACCUCCGCACCCACCAGUACGAUUCCAGAUGGCUGAACGAUCCGCAGUUCGUCGGCAGCUUCGAGACGGAGGAUCACGUGUACUUUUUGUUCCGCGAGUCGGCCGUCGAGUACAUCAAUUGCGGCAAGAAAAUCUACUCGAGGAUAGCGAGAGUCUGCAAGAACGAUCGCGGCGGCCAGAUCAUGAUGAAGGACGUUUGGACCACGUUCAGCAAGGCGCGAUUAAAUUGCUCGCUCCCCGGCGAGUUCCCGUUCUACUACGACGAGAUCCAAGGCGCGGUCUAUCAUCGCGAGGAAGACGUCGUUUACGCGACGUUCACCACGCCCAUUAACGGCAUCGCUGGCUCGGCCAUAUGCGCUUUCAACAUGACUGCGAUCACGGCGAGCUUCAACGGGCCCUUUAAAUACCAAGAGAACUCUGGCGCCGCUUGGGAAAGGAGACCAGUGGCCCAUCACAAUCGACAGCGGUGCGACUCGUCGGAGAAGGUGGCUCCACAUCAGAUCAUAGACAACCAGAGGUACCAGCUGAUGGACGACGCUGUUCAGAGCACGAUGCUCGAACCGCUGCACACCGCGGUCCUCGAGAGGUUCACGUUGAUCGCGCUUGACGUCACGCCGACCAAGUUGCACCGCGUAGUGACCGUCCUCUACGUAGCUACCGACCUCGGGACGAUCAAGAAGAUCUCCGUGUUGCCGCGAACGCAGGAGAGCUGCAUCGUCGAGGUCUGGGGUCCGCUCCCGUCCACCCCGAUGACCAUGCAGUUCUUGAAGGACACGCACAGUUUGUACGUCGGAACGGAAGUCGGUUUGAUGAGAAUUCCCGCGGCGCAGUGUCACAGACAUCGAAGUCGACAAGCGUGUCUGAACGCCCAGGAACCGUACUGCGGAUGGAACGAGCAUCUGAUGAAGUGCGCACCGGCUCCGAAGGAAAGUUAUCUCGCGAAUCAUUGGCACCAGGAAGUGACCAAGUGCCCGGUUCUCACGGAUCCCGUCGACGGUGGCUGGAGCGCGUGGAGUUCCUGGUUCCCGUGCCAGCACGGCGCGUCGGAACACGCGUACUCGCACCCACGUUCCCAUGCGCACUCGCACACGCAUUCGGAACACGCGGAGGACGCUUGUCUGUGCCAGACGAGGGAGUGUAACAAUCCGCCCCCGCAACACGGUGGGGCGAGCUGCACCGGGUCCAGGGUCCGAGUGACUAACUGUACGGUUCACGGCGGAUGGACCGCGUGGUCGGCGUGGUCGGCGUGCUCACAAACCUGUGGUUUUGCCAUGAAGACCAGGCGUCGAUCUUGCACGAAUCCCGCGCCGGCGUUCGGUGGCCGAGUCUGCGUCGGCCACGAUCACGACGAUAUCGUCUGUAUAGAUCUGCCGCCUUGUCCCACCCCGGCCAAAGCAGCGUCGCCUCCAGCGACUGGCCAGUGGUCUUCGUGGUCCGAUUGGGACGCUUGUUCCCGUCCUUGCAAUGGAGGGAUACGUGUACGACGGAGAACUUGCGAGAAAUCUUCAUCGCGCAAAGCAGCUGUCGAGUGCAAUGGAUGCGACGUCCAGGUGGAGGAGUGCAACGCGCAUCAGUGCGUCGAGACCAAGAGAUACUCCGGAUGGACGCCGUGGCUGGCUGCAAAUGCCAGCGUUCAAGGCUCGAGCGUCGGUUAUGUGGAGAAGCGCUAUCGCUUCAGCUGUCGGGCGCAAACCGACGAUCCGUCCAGCGUGAGAGUGCAACUGGCCAAGGAAGAGGAGCGGUAUUGUAAGAACGACGGUUCUUGUCUGAGAGGAAGCGCCAAUCAAAAUCCGUACGGUUCCGAUAUCGCGGAGGUCGGAUGGUCCGAGUGGUCCGGCUGGCGAGCCUGCGAUCGUCCCUGCGGCGGCGGUUCCCAGCAAAGAGUGAGACAGUGCGAGUCACCGCCUUGUGAGGGAUCGCUCGUCCAAACCAGAUUGUGCAAUGUGCAUCCCUGUCGCAUGAGUGCCCCUGCCGUGGCCUCGGAAGGGCAAUGGUCCUGUUGGACCGACUGGUCCGAGUGCUCGGUCUCGUGCGGCGUCGGAGUGCGCUCUAGAACGAGGGACUGUCUAGGCCCGGACACGUGCGAGGGACCGAGGCUCGUCAGAGAGACCUGCGAGAUGCCCAGCUGCGAAUCGUUGCUCGGUUGGGACUCGUGGUCGCGGUGGACACCCUGCGACGAAGAUCGUCAACAGCACAGAAAAAGACAAUGCCUUCAGCAUGGGAUAGGAACGUGUCAAGGACCAAGCAGAGAAACCCGUGACUGUGCGCUCGACUGCGUGAGUAACGACGUGAACGCUUUACGAUCCAGCGUAGAGCAAUCGGGCAUCACCGUUGGCGCGGUGGUAGGAAGCUGCGUGCUGGGAUUCUUAGUCGGUCUGGCUCUGACGGCAGUUCUGAGUUUUUGCUAUCUGAAGCGACGGCAGCAACGAGCUGCCGGUAGCCCUCGGUACAUCAGUAAGCAGAAUCCUUAUGUCACGGUCCCGUUGAAGGAAGUGAACGCCAAGCGGCAGCCCAGCUUUUCCGGUAGCACCAACGGCAACGGGACACUCCGAGGUAAGAAUAAUCCGAACGUGAACGGUCUCGGUAGCCCGAAACUGUACCCGAAGAGCCUCGAGUACGAGUCGGCUACGUUGAAGCGAAACAGCCACGGACAGCAACACAUUCGAGUCGAUUUGGACCAAGAGAAAUACUACUGAAUCGUCAUGAAGGCGGUGAAGGAGACGCUUCCUCGUUCGAGGAACAGUUCUGUGGAAAACGAUACUGCCAUACGCGUCGAACAGUAAAGUACGCGUACACGUUCGCCGAUUCUCGUCGGAUGCGACGUUUAUUUCGAAGGUCGCAACGAAAUCGACUUCUACUUAGUGCCAUCGUUACACGGACAACGUCGAACGAUCGUGCCGGUGUAACGUAUCGAAACGUAUGUACCUACGUAUGAAAAGAGAAGGAGUGGAAGAGUGGAUGAACGAACGAACGAUCAGGUCUUUCGAGUAUCUAUUGGCUCACAUUGAGUCGACUCGUGCCUACGGACACGCGGCGAGUCGAACAGCGCGGAACGACUCGAUGCGGGAAACGAGUCACGGACGUUUUACGAAUCGUAUCGCGCGACUGCAAUAAAAGAAACGAUAACGCUCGACGAGUUUUA